AUGACUUUAAUGGAUAUAUUGGGAGCAGCCUUUCCUUAACUAUAUAUCUAAAAUAGAAACCAAACUUUUCUAUUUUUGAAUUUAAUUUUUCAUUUGAUUAACACUUUAAAUCAUAAAAUCAUCUUGGAGAACAACAAAUGCAAAAAAUUGAUGCCAAUUCAAAUUUUUAAAAGUUUAGUAAAAUUAUUAUUAACUAUUUAGUUUAUUCCUUUUGUUUUUUGUUUAAUAACCGAAUCUAAUUAUAGUGAAAUUCUAAAGUCCUAUCUUGAAAUAACAUUCUAGAUUUAUUAAUAUUAGGUAAUAUUUAUUUGGAUUUCUAAAAGUUCGGAAAUGCCAUCAUUUAGAUUUAAUUCCUAAAUAUAUUACUUUGCCUUCAAAAGAAAAAAACUGUAAAAAUUAUUAAUUAUUAUCUCAUAUAGAAUUGCAACAUUAGUUAAUACUAUCAUUUUAUUGGAAUAUAGCAUCUACAUAAUUUGUUACAAACUUGAUUUAUUAAGCUCAUUAUAAUUUUAGUAUUUUUCAAUAGGAUGAUAUUACCACACAUGAUUCAACCAUUUUAACAUAUUCAUCCUACAAUUCAUGUUUUACCUGUUAAUUGAUGCCUAUCCUUAAUUCUCCUAUCCAAUUAUUUGCAGUAAUUGUUAAAGACAAUGAAAAUGGGUUAUGUAAUUUGGGUAUUGAAAAUAUUAAAUCAUAUUUUUAUGAAUAAUCUUAAGUUCUGUUUUUUGAUGUUAACAAACUCAAAUUAGCAAAGAAUCUCUUCGAUACUAAAAUGUAUAAUACUUUAUUUUAUAACUUAUUCCAAAAUUUAUUAAUCAUUACCUCAAUAAAGUGAUUCUGGAAAUUAUCUAGCAAGCUAAUAAUAAAAAUAUUGGAAAAAAAAUUUUUUCUUUGAUUCUAAAAAUUGACUGUAAAAUCAACCUUGAUCAAAUUACUUAAUUUGAAAUUAAGAACAAUUCAAAAUGUAAAUUUUAUAUUAACUAAAGAGAUGCCAGAAUGUUAUGGUUGGGAAAUAAUAUGCUAAUAAUGAUUUGAAGCUCAAUAAAUUUCAGGUGCCACUGUUAUUGCAUUAAGUGUUGUGCCAGAUUUUGGGUAUAAUUAAGAGAAAGCUGUUAGAUUGAUUCUGCAAGAUAUUAA